UUUUAUUAUACCUUUGUUAAUUAAUUUCUUAAAGAUAUUUUUAUCAAAAACAAAAAUACAACAUUCAAAGGGGGAGACGAAAAUAAUCGUGUAAAAAACAAAGAUGGAUGAACAAACUAAUGCACGGAAACAAAAGCAAAUAAUAUUUUAGAGAUGCAGAUGCAACCCUGUGAAUAUGGUAGUUGUCAAAAAGCAAUUCUGGCCUGGAAAGUGAAGAAGCGCACGAAUUGGGAAGAUAAAGAGAAAUGCAAAAAAUCAGUUCGUGUGUUGGGAAAAUGGCUGACGGUGUUAAUACAAAUUCCGAGUGGAAAAUUUAUAUUUCAUUGUUUAAAUAUUAUUAACUAUGAUUGCAAAUCAAAUAAAAUAAACUAUAAUUUUUAAUAUAUUUAAACUUGUGUUACACACCUCAUAAUAGUCCUAUUUGAAAUCGAAUAUAUUGACAUACAAACUAAGUUCGUCUUCAGUCUUCGGAGUACUUUACAAUCAUGAAUAGUUCUUCUUAUGACUCAAAUAUUGUACAUCAGGAUCAUCAUAGUGUUCAGCAUCAGGUACCUAAUGGGCAUUUAUCACAUCAUAACAAUAUUCAACCAGGUAUUGGUAACUAUUUCCUUCCUCCUGCUUCAACAUUACCAAUAUCUGAGCAUCAGCAAUCAAUACAAUUACAACUUCCAAAUAUUAGCCGAUGUGCGGACAAGAGCCCAGAAAUGACUUCAAAUUCUGUACCAAUUACCACAACUGGUUCAGCUGGAUUAUUCGGCCCACGGCAAAUACCUUUGACUACUGCUUUAAGCAAAACUUUUUUUAAUUCGACUGUCAAUGGAAUACAACCAUCGUCACAGAGGUUUUAUGGCGGUGUAGCACCAACGACUUUAUCUUCUACAUCUUCAAAUUCCAUACAACAAACGAAUCGUCCGCAUCAUCAACAAGGCAAUACUAUUUUAAUAACAAAUAACUUUUCUGCGAAUCAAUAUGGACCCAAUCAUCCUCAUGUAGUAGGAACUUCAUCGCAGAUGCAACCCCGGACAACUUCAGGAGCUGCAAAUAGCGGGCCGUCUGCAGCUAAUACACUCACGGGCUGCUAUCACAAUGGAAAUGCCAGUAAUAUUCGUAUAAUUACAACACUGCCAAACUCGUUACAUCAACAACAGCAGCAACAUAUAUAUAACAUGGCUAAAGAUGUCGAAUCUACUGGACGUGACGAUAUAAUACAACUCCCACAAUUCUAUAAUACACCGCACCAGCAAUCUGCUUAUGCCCAGCAUUUGUCGACAGCACUACCAACACAUUUCGCACAACAACAUUUUUCUGCUCCAACUUCAUCGCCGACUGCUUUGCAUAUAACGCAAGAUGAUGCUCAACACCAGUUUUUUAUGUCUAUGACAAAUAACGGCAAUGGUAGCGUAGCUACAGCAAACAACAUUUCUGUUCCAAAACUGAUUUCAACUAUUACCGAAGAAUCUGCAACAGUUGGUGAUGUAGCCAACACCUCAUCUACAUUGGUUUCUUCUCCCGCUACAACAAGUUCGAACUCAACUCUUGUGUUGGAUCGUAUUAAUAUUUGCAUCAAUAAUCAUUAUAGCGAUACUUCUGGAACAAAUAACGGUUUAGAAAUGAACGCAACAAUUGCAACUACUGCAAGAACAUCUCCCGAUAAUAUAUAUUCUUUAGCUUCUCAUGCCCCUCAACAGCCAUCUCCAAUUAUACCAGCAAUUCAUCACAAGGUAGUGCUGGACCCGGUUAGCAAUGGUGGAGGUAGCGGGACAAUGCAUACCGAUUCUUACGCUAGCAACGAUUCUACAAUAGUGAUUGAUGAACCUGACUCAACAACAACAACUCCACAUACUCCACCUACCACCCCAGAAAAUAGUUCUUCACCACCUUUGCCAUUGAAUUUGUCACCUACAAGAAAUAUAAUUGAUUCGCAAUCCAUAUCCUCUCAAAUAAUAAUCGGAAAUUCACUAAAUGAAGCUAAAGGUAAUAAUAUAACAUCGCAAACAACAGUUUGUACACCCGCAAAAAAGAGAUUAGUGGACAAAACUAUAUCCAAUGCUGCAGUAGAAGCAAUUGCAACCAUUACGCAUAGUAUUGACCUACUGGACGAUGAAGAGGAAUGCGAAUACGUCAUGAGCGAUGUGGAAAAUGGAACUGAUACUGAAAGAGUGGCUAAAACAAAUGAAAUUUCUGAAGAUAGCAUUAUGGAAAUAGAAGACAACGAAGUGGAAUUUUCAACUCCGGAGGCCAUACGCAUGAAGAAUACAAUUAAAUGCGAUGAUGCAGCAUCACCGAAUCUUAUAUCACAGCAGCAUGACAUCCCUGUGUUACACGACUCAAGUGAAGAUGUCGAUUUGAAACUAUCCAAAUCGGUUUCACCACCAUCGCCUACACCCGUAAACAUAAUUCAAGCAACUGCUAAUGAAACGGCCUCAUCAGUGACACUUCUUACUCCACCAACGCCCACUACUUCGUCACCAGGUUCACUGGAUAGCUUAAUAGCUGAAAAGAAAAAUGCAAAUUCGUCCGUUUCUUUAUUAGAGACCAGUUUUACCAUGGGCGAGGAUGUCUUUAUCCGAAAGGAUGAUGGACGUCAAUAUCUAGGAACAGUUAUCGGCAGCAGCGCUGACUCCGAUAUGAGUGAGGUACAAAAAGUUCAAUAUUUGAUACGUUUUGACGAUAACUCAGAGCUAUGGUGCGGAAUUGAAGAGAUGAGGCGUCUGGGAAGUAGUGUUGGGAAUGGAAAUGCUCAAAUGUGUGUAGCUUGUAAGCGUGUUCAAGAACAAGAUGUUAUAGAGACGUGUGAGGAUUGUCGGCGUGGCUAUCACCGCAGUUGCACUAGGGAAACGACUCCAGGCAGCGGUAUAUGGUUUUGUCUUCGUUGUAACAAACCUAUGAAGGAACGAGCAAGAGUAGUGGCUAAACAUUUGUGUAUGUCAUCAUCUGGAAACAACAAAUACAAAAAUAGUGACGAGGUUUCUAAAAUUUCGUCGCCUUCACAACGGAAAACUCCACCAGAUAUAUAUGAAUUUCGUAUUGAAGAAAAUGAAAUAUUUACUUCGGACGAUGAGAUCCCCAUUAAACAUAUAAUGGAGAAAGCGCGCAAAAGUAAAGAUUCAAUACAAAUUGCAAACGCUAGUAGUUUGAGGCCAAAAUCAGUCAAAAAGCUUACAAAUAAGGAUAUUAUAUUGUGUGAGAAGAUACCAGUUUUGGACGAUGAGAAUGCAAACGAUGCUAAUAUUAUAAUACAAUCUGUCCAUUCAAUACGGAAAGAUAAAAUUAAAGAGAAAGACGUAUCUCCAUUAAAGAAUCCUCAGUGCAUGACUAGUAUUAAACAGAGCACAGAUGAGAGGGAAUUUGACGUCAAAACUGAAGAUAGGGUACUUGUGUCUAACGCCGUCAACGCCAAUUCUUCGUCAAUAGUAUAUAACAAUGUUUCAUCAAUUGUCACAGAACGGAGCAGUCGUAAGCGCAAAGCAUUUAAAUUAUCAAAUUCUUACAAGGAGAUUGCUGCUGAGGCAGCCGCUAAGCGCUAUGACAGCAGCCGCAUCUGUGAUUCCUCAUCGGAUGAAAAUUCGUCCAGUAGUCGAGGUACAUCGCUCGAUGUUAUCAUACCACCGCCCAAAAACUUUUUAGGUCUCAAUAACCCAUUUCGCAUAAUUACACCUAAAAAGAAUAUACCCGCAUCCCAAACUACCGGAACUUCCUCCGGAUGUGUUCAAAACUUAUUAAAUUUUAAUCGGAGCGGCACUAUGAUUAAAAACAGUAUUUUCAAUACAACAGCCUUGGAUUUCAGUUCCAAGCUGGCAGCGCUUAAGAGUGCAGGUAUAUUUCCAAAUCUAAGUACAAGUAAUUUAGCCAAGGCUGCCGGACAGCCACGAACAGUACGCACGAUCAAGCGAAGACUGAGUGCCAAAGAUAUAACUAUCGGUCCGAAUCAGGAGGUGCGGAGGAGACGAACUCGUCGCCUAUCAUCGAAUGUGGAGGUUAUUAGUACAACAACAAUCAAUCCAAUUCCUAGGAACUUUUUCCCAAUACAUGCCAAAGACUUGCUGACUACACAAACAACCCAUCUAGCAACAACGAAUACGACCAGAGUGUUGUCCACAUUUAACAAGCAACAAAUUCAACGUCAAACAACAUCGGCUGCAACUGCAUCAUUCUCAUCGAUAUCAUCAUCGUCGUCGACGUCUUCGUCGCCACCAGGUUCGAUGAGUUCAAAUGUGGAUGCGCAAGUAGAAAUUAUACAACAAGUUAAACCGUCGCAUGGUCGCCGUUUGCGGCAACGUCCUCAAAAGAAUUCCCCUGCUAAUAGUCGCCGCAGCUCAGUUUCCAGUGCGAGCACUGUAUCAUCGACCAACUCAUCCAGCAAUAUAACAUUGGCAGCAUUGCAACAACAACAACAACAACACCAAGCCCUACAUAAAAAUAGCAAUAAAAAUGCGAAUGCCAAUAGUAUGCAAGAUCUUAAACAAUCCGUUAAGGAAUACUUUGGUGGAGCGGUGAAUCGCAUUGAAUCUGGUGAACAAUUUUGCAUCCGUGCCAAACGACAAUUGGCCGAUGGACAGAUGCAAUAUCUAAUUGAAUGGGGAGAUGUGGCAACUGCUUCGUUGCAGGGGCAGUUAACACAAACAACAGCAAAAUUCACAACAGCGACCUAAGGAUAUGAGCACUAAAGGAAAUAACUUCUCGCAGAAUAGGUUUACAAUGUAUGCAAGUUCAGUGUGAAAGGCUUGCUGUCGCUGUGAAACAUAUUAAAUCAUAUGCCAAAUUCGGAAUUCGCGGAAUUUAUUGGAUAUUUACAUAUAUGCAUACAGUCAUAUGAUUUGUUAUGUUGUUUUCUCAUUUAAAUGUUGCCUUAAAUUAUGGUGUUUGUUUGCAUAUCUUUGGCAUGUUAAUUGUGAAUAAUGCGAAUUGUAAGUAGAGCAUUACAAUAUUUUUAAGUUUUUACAUUAAUUUAUAUAUUGGUACAGACUGUUUAUAGUACAUUUAAGUCCCAAUCGCAUUAAUUGGCUGUUAUUUUAUUUCCAAUUCUUAUUAAAAAACAAAAACAAAAACAAAUACAUGAAUGAGUAAUAUUGAAACAAAACAAAGAAAUGGUUUGCUUGAAAUUAUAUAAGAGUACUUGUAUUGAUAUAUCAUUUGAUUUUUGGAAUUAAUGUUUCAUACUAAUAAACAAAUUCUUGAGAAUUGUAGUUUAAGAUUCAUUAGAACAUAUUACCUAGAAUCUUAAUCAUUAAUCCUUUCUAAUAUUAUAUACAUAAAACAAUGUUAUAAAGAUGUUGAAUUGAAUAUUAUAUUUUGUUUCAUACUUUUCGUUUUAGUUAAUCUCCUUUUUCAUAAAUUUGGUAUAUAAAUAUAAGCGUAUGCCAUGAAUUUUUCUAUUAUUCUAGUUUCCUGCACUGCCAGUUUUUAGUUCUAAUGAUUAAGUAACAUGCAUAAGUAUUAAUUUCGAAAAGUAUAUUGAAUUAAAAUUUUAACAUAAUACAGGUUUGAAUGUGCAAUGGCUCAAGUAGUAAUACAUACAUACAUAUUUAUAUACAUAAUACAUA